AUGUGGCCCGGGGGAGAGUUGGGCCAGUGGAGUGACAGGGCAGAACACACCGAGGGCCAGAUUCUUGUGUGGCAGGCUCCCACCUCCAUGUCCAGGGCAGAGGCCAACUCCAGCCAGACCCUUGGAAAUGCCACUAUGGAGAAAUGCAAACACAUCUUUGUGGACACGGGCCUGCCGGACCUGGCUGUGGGGCUCAUCCUGCUGGCAGGAUCCCUGGUGCUGCUGUGCACCUGCCUCAUCCUCCUCGUCAAGACGCUCAACUCCCUGCUCAAGGGCCAGGUGGCCAAGGUCAUCCAGAAGGUCAUCAAUACUGGCUACUUUGCCAUGGUGGUGGGUGCCAGCAUGACCUUCGUGGUUCAGAGCAGUUCUGUGUUCACCUCAGCCAUCACCCCACUCAUCGGCCUCGGUGUGAUCAGCAUUGAGCGGGCCUACCCACUCACACUGGGUUCCAACAUUGGCACCACCACCACGGCCAUCCUGGCUGCCCUGGCCAGCCCCAGGGAGAAGUUGUCCAGUGCUUUCCAGGUAUGCUGGGAGCAUAGCCCCGCCUGGGGCAGGAUGGAUCUGGGAUCGGGGACCUGGGAGCCAGUGCCCACCUCAGCCCCUCUGUCUCAUCCUCUGCAGAUUGCUCUCUGUCACUUCUUCUUCAACAUCUCGGGCAUCCUUCUGUGGUACCCGGUGCCCUGCACACGCCUGCCUAUCCACAUGGCCAAGGCGCUGGGGAAACGCACAGCCAAGUACCGCUGGUUUGCCGUCCUCUACCUCCUUGUCUGCUUCCUGCUGCUGCCUUCACUGGUGUUUGGCAUCUCUAUGGCAGGCUGGCAGGCCAUGGUAGGUGUAGGCACACCCUUCGGGGCCCUGCUCGCCUUUGUGGUGCUCAUCAAUGUCCUGCAGAGUCGGAGUCCCCAGCAUCUGCCCAAGUGGUUACAGACAUGGGACUUCCUGCCUCGCUGGAUGCAUUCCCUGAAGCCCCUGGACCGCCUCAUCACCCGCGCCACUCUAUGCUGUGCCAGGCCUGAGCCCCGCUCACCCCCACUGCCCCCCAGGGUAUUCCUGGAGGAGCUACCUCCUGCCACACCCUCCCCCCGCCUUGCACUGCCUGCUCACCACAAUGCCACCCGAUUUUAGGCUGUGAGCCCAGACUACAGCUGGGAAUAGGGAAGGCCUGGGUGGAAAGGCAGGGGAGUGUGUGUGUAUGUGUGUGCAAGUGCCUGUGCCACUCUGGGUGCCAGUCUCUCCUUCUGCAGCUCUGAAAAGGUCUGGGCUUGUGUGUCAGUGUUGGUGUGUAUGCAUGUUUGGGGAUAAGUCUGCAUGUGCACCUGUCGUGUGUAGAAGCUUUUGUGUACAUGUGUGCCAGCCUAUGCACACAUACACAGACACAUCUGUGGGAGGCUGUGUGCAAGUUGCAGGGUAUCUGGGUAUGACUUUUGGUCCUCUGCACAUGUACACAUGACUAGGAUAGGCAGGAGUUAGAGUGGGUCUGAGUAUAUGACUGUGCAGCUGUUUGUGCAUAGAUGUUGGUGCCUGCCUCACUGAAUCUGCACAUCUCCCUGCCACCUUCCUUCCUCCAAGAUACCAUUCACCUCAUCCUAACCCAGGUCUUCAGCUCCACCACAACUCCCUUCACAACACUUGCCUGAUGGAAAAAAACAAAAGAAAUUAAACUCUCCUUAGGCAUUCAGAAGUCUUUUUUGGUCUCCAUCAAUGGCAAAAGGGAAGACCAAGCCAUGGGGUUCAGCAGCACCAUCUCCCCUCAAAGACUCGCUGCAAGAGCAGCCUACUCUGCCCUGGCCAGGUGCAGUUCCAGAGAAGCCAGCCCUGCAGGCUCACCCCAACCAUCUGCCUUAGUGAGUCCAAUCCACAAUUCAAACUCCCUGGAAGCCCCUCCAAGGCCUGGGGCCACCCCCAAGGCAAGUGUAAGGAGGAAUCUGCACCCCCAUCCCCUGACCCCCACCUGGCUGAACUUCCUCUGGUCUCCCUCUGCCCUCUAAAUUCACCCACCUCAGCCAGACGCUCACUCCUCCUUGCUGGCAUAAGAUCAAGGCUCCAGAAUGAGUGUCAGGUGGGGUCUGUCAUCAGGGUUGCUGGGAGAGGAGAGGGGA